GUUCCCAUUUCAUUUCACCAGAACUCAUUAGCUGCAGGCAUCCUCUCUCUCUCUCUCUCUCUCUCUCUCUCUUUGCGCGCAGAGUUAGGCAAAAACUUAUUCUUGAAAGUCCUCAAAGAGAGAUAUUGAAGAGCUUUGCUCCACCGGCUUGCCGUUGUGGGGUUUGGCUUGAUGGCUUCAUCCAGCGGCGGUGUGCCUCCGGGGUUCCGGUUCCACCCGACGGACGAGGAGCUCCUCCAGUACUACCUGAAGAAGAAGAUCUCGUUCCAGAAGUUCGACAUGGAGGUGAUCAGGGAGGUUGACCUGAACAAGAUGGAGCCUUGGGAGCUUCAAGAGCGAUGCAAGAUCGGAUCAACACCCCAGAACGAGUGGUACUUCUUCAGCCACAAGGAUCGGAAGUAUCCGACCGGCUCAAGGACGAACAGAGCGACGAACGCCGGGUUCUGGAAGGCGACGGGGAGGGACAAGUGCAUAAGGAACACCCACAAGAAGAUCGGGAUGAGGAAGACCCUCGUCUUCUACAGGGGACGGGCUCCGCACGGCCAGAAGACCGACUGGAUCAUGCACGAGUACCGGCUCGAGGACGGCGACGACCCCCAAGGAAACCCUAAUGAAGACGGGUGGGUGGUGUGCAGGGUGUUCAAGAAGAAGAACCUCUUCAAGAUCGCCGGCAAUGACAGCGGAGGUCAGACCAGCGCCGGCUCCGACCAAAAUCACCACCACCAGCAACUCAGCAUCAACAGCACGUCCAACACGACCGCCCAUCAACCUCGCUCCUUCAUGCACCGCGACAGCAGCCUCUACCUCCACUCCAAUCACCUCAGCCCGUCGACGGCCUUCGAGCUCAACAAGCCCGAGCUCGCCCUCCACUACUCCUCCCACCACCUCCCUCAGUACUCACUCUUCCCUUCCUCGCAAGGCCUGAUCCCGACCCCGAAGCCCAUCGGGUACCACGACUACACGGCCCUUCAGUCGGCCGACACGGUGGCGCCGCCCGUGAUGCUGAAGCAGCUCAUGUCGAGCAACACGAGGGACCAGUGCGAGAGCGGGAGCGACAGCUUCAGGUACCAGAACUGUGACCAGGGCCUCGAAGUUGGGACGUGCGAAGCGACGCAGGAACAGAUGGUUGGAGCAAGGGACGAAGCGGGCAUGAGCGAUUGGGGCAUGCUCAGCGUCACCAGCGGCGCUCAUAAUCAGCUCGGGAACCACAAUGAAGGCGAUUCCGGCUCGAAGGGGGUGAGGUUCGAGGACGGGACGGCUGCGACUUCUCUGCACCCGAUCAACCAUCUGUCCUUGAGGGGCGAGAUGGACUUUUGGGGUUACGGCAAGUGAUCGUUUUUUCAAUUCUGCGUGGUGCUACUGAAGUUAAUCAAAACAAUUUAAUUGAAAGAUAUGGAUUCAUUCAAAGAACCAGCUAUGUCCAUAAUGGUUCUCAGCGUGUCUAGGUUUAUGCCACCACCCAAACUGGGUAUGGCAAAAGAUUAAUCAUUUGUUGCAUUCGCCCUCGUUCUUGUUGUCUUCAUCAUGCUUGUGACACUGAUAAAG